AAGUACGUGACCAGAAGGGUGUAGUAUUCACUGAAAAAGAUGCCAGCGACCUCUAUGCAAAUAAAAUAGCAAAUUAUCACCAGAAGAAGUUGGCUAAAAUGCUUCAGAAUGGGCAGACUCCAGAGGCAUUGGGGCAGGCUCUCGAUAGAAUGAAAAUGCCUAAUGCUAUAAGUUGA